ACUCGUUUAUAGAGUAGAUUAGGUAGGUGUUCAAUAGAUACCUAACCUAAAUAUCUUAACCAUCUCUUCAUAUCGGAAGCAUUGUAUUUAUCAUUUCAUUGUCUCUGCUUAAAAAUAUUAGCACCUCCUCCUCAAUAUUGAGGUAAUUUGGCAGAUAUGGCGCCAGGAAUCGUAGAGAACGAACAAAUCCCCAGCGACUCCGACGCUUCGGCUCUAGCGAGCGAGGCCGACUUAGGCCCCAAGCUCUACGCCAACGUAGAUCAAGACGAGCUCCAAAAGAAGACAUCGCGGUUCCUGUUCAAUUACGGGACCAAAUUCAUACCAGAUAUCGUCUGCGGUGCCAAGGGCCUAUAUGUUUAUACGGCAAAGGGUCACAAGGUGCUUGACUGGACGUCCGGUCAGAUGUCUUGCCUGUUAGGACACGGCCACCCCGAGAUCGUCAAGACGAUAACAGAUCAUGCAGCAAAUCUCGACCAUCUUUUCUCCGGCAUGGUCUCCCCUCCCGUUAUUUUCCUAGGCGAGAGACUGUGCUCGUUACUUCCGGAUGGCUUGGAUAAGGCUUUCUUCCUUUCUACUGGGGGAGAAUCCAACGAAGCAGCGAUUAAACUUGCAAAGGUGUAUACAGGCAAAUUCGAAAUCGUGGCCAUAAACGGGUCCUGGCAUGGAGUAACGGCCCAGGCUCUCAGUGCCCAAUACCAUUACGGAAGAAAAGGCCAAGGGCCCCUUAUGCCAGGCAUGCACAUGCUACCAGCCCCUAAUGCGUACCGGUCUAUUUUUCGAAAGCCGGAUGGCUCGUACGACUGGGAGACCGAGCUCGACUAUGGAUGGAGUCUGAUUGACCAAGCAUCGUGUGGAUCACUCGCCGCCGUCAUAGUAGAGUGCAUCCAAUCAUCGGCAGGCAUACACGUUCUCCCCACCGGCUACCUCAAGGCGCUAAAAAAGCAUUGCGAGUGCAGAGGCAUGCUUCUAAUCGUCGACGAAGCGCAGACAGGAGUUGGACGGUGCGGCGAUAUGAUGGCGAUCCUGCACGAGGGUGUUACGCCCGACAUCUUAACACUGAGCAAAACUCUUGGAAACGGCCUCCCUUUAAGUGCCGUGGUUACUAGUGCUGAAAUCGAAAAAGUCUGUGUGGAGAGGGACUAUUGCUUCUACACAACUCACGUGAACGACCCUCUACCCGCGGCAGUAGGUAACAAGGUCCUGGAGAUCGUUGUUCGCGAUAACUUGGUCGAGCACUCCAGGUCUAUGGGGAAGCUUCUGCACGAAGGACUUCGGCAAUUGCAGUCCCGGUACGGGUGCAUCGGAGACGUUCGCGGGAGGGGGUUAAUGGCUGGUGUCGAGAUUGUAACUGACCGCGAAACGAAGACACCUGGAGUGGAGUUGGCAAGCUCCAUAGCUGAGAUGGCAUACAAGCUUGGGGUUUGGGCUAAUCUCAGUAGUCAUGGGAGCUUUGGUGGUGUUUUUAGGAUAGCGCCCCCUAUCACAGUGACAGAGGCGCAGGUUCGUGAGGGACUUGAAGUGCUAGAACAAGCGUUCGCCUCGAGCCUAGGGUCCAUGCCAAUGUAUUAAGGACUGCGCGUAGGUAGGUACCUACCUAGUAGAUAGUCAAUCAUGCAUACAUCAUGAA